AUGAAGGAAAUUCCUAGUGAAAUUUAUUUAUUAAUUAUAGAAAUUGGAGAAUUUACAAUAGCCGAUCUUAAAGAAUUAACAUUUGUAUGUCAUCAGUGGGCCAGAGUGACAUUACCUUUAAUAUGGCAAACUCGUAAAUUUAUUGAGAACGAAUCACUUAAAACAUUUAAAAAUAUAUUAAAAAAUGAUAAAACAUUUUUACCUUACGGUCGAUAUAUAACCAGACUUCAAAUUGAAGAGUUAGAUAAAAAUCCACCAAUUUUUAUUGAUGAUUCACAAAUAUCAAGUCAUAAUAGUCAUGAUGGAUUAUGUGAAAUAAUGCGUCUUGGAAAUUCAUUAUUAGCAAUACGAAUAAUGCUUAAUUCCGUUACUUUAAUAGAUUUUACAUCAUCAUAUAUAGUUGAAUUAUUUGGUAAAUAUUGUCCAAACUUACGUAAUUUUGAUAUUGAACAUUUUCAAUGUGAACCAGUUUCCAAAUCCGCCAUAUCUGUUAUGCUUAAAAAUUUUCAAGGAUCAGCGUUACAAGCUGAUGAAACAAUGGAAAAUCUUCGUCGCCUUUCAAUUUUAAAAAUAAAUGGUAUAAGUGAUUUAUCAUUUUUAUCAAAAUUUCCUAAUAUUGAAUAUUUAUUUAUAGGAGAUUUUAGUCAAAUUAAUGAUUAUUCAUUUGUUAAUAUUGGAAAAUCCCUAAUAACCAAAUUAGAAUUAGUUAAAACACCUACAAUCACAGAUAAAGCAUUAUUAAUAUUAUCAUCUAUGCCAACAUUAGUUAAAUUUUAUAUUCGAGAUAGAUUACAAAAUGUUACAGAGAAAGGAUGGUUAUCAUUUGUCAAUAGACCAGAAGGAUGUUCGUCAUGGGUAAAAUUAAAAAUUGAUGACGGAAGGCAAAUUAAUUCUAAAUUUUUUAUGAUGUUAGAUAAGAAUCAUCCAAAAUUAAAAAGAGUUAGUAUUAGAGGAUUAAAUUAUAAUUUACAUUCAGAAGAAAUCAUGAAUUCAUUAAAAUUUAGUGAAGCGUGGCAAUUUUAUAAAAGUAAUUCUCAUUUACAUUGGCCAAUCAGAAUAGAAAGCAGGAAAUUUAGGAUGAAAUAUGUUCAGAAAGAUGUUUACAGAGAAUUGAAAAACAAUUGA